CGCGAUUCGAACCUAGGGUUUCCCAGUUUCCACAGCUCCCCGUCCAAUCUGCAUCGCGCUGGUUUUGAUCCCAGGAUCUCUGUCUUUCUCUUUCGCUCCCAGCUUCAAGUGCUCCAAACUCCCUGCGCUUCCCUCCACAAAACGGUCGUCUCCUUCCCCGAGCUCAGACUCUCUCUCUCUCUUCUCCGCCUCGCUCCCUCCCGGCUCCUCCCGUCCGAGGCGAAGGCUCGUCACCGUCCGGUUACCGCCGUCCGCUUCCGGGUGACCGGAUGCUCGGGUGCUUGCUCGACUAGUCGGGGGGCUGCUCGGCUGGUUCGAUGCUUGUAUAGGAUCGGAACCGGCUUGACAAGGCAGAAGAGCACGGGCAAUGCGCUUGUUUUCUCUUUGCUUGGCGGGACGAUUGAAGUUUGAGGUAGUCUGCUUGGGGAGUUCUUCUUGUUAGCUAGUCGGCGGGAUCUCUGUACCGAUCGCCGAGGCGGCCUUUCGACCGAGAGAGUUGCCGGUCGCCGCAGGCGGAGAGUUAUACCUAUCGUGCCGGGGCGUCCUUUCCGGCUCGGGUUGGCAACCGUAAGGAGAUAAGUUAGCGCUUGGGGCGGUUUUCAGGACCGGCUAUGGCAUCGCGGUUUCAAGCCUCUGUGUUGGUGGCUUCGCCUUUGUACCCGAACUCCAUAGCUUGGUCGGACGAGAACUUGAUUGCUGUGGCCUGUGGUCGCCUCGUCACUAUACUGAAUCCUGCAUUGCCUUUUGGACCUCGAGGCCUAAUCAAAGUACCCUCUACCGAACCCUUCUCAAUUGGAGUGAUCCAAAAAGAAGAAUUGCUCUCCAGCUGCUUGUUGCCUACCUGUUUAUCUCGUGAUCGUGAUCCUUAUGUACGAUCAGUCUCAUGGUCUCCUCUUGGAAUGGCACCUAAUGCAGGGUGCUUGCUUGCAAUUUGCACUACCGAGGGCCGUGUGAAGAUCUAUCGUGCCCCUUUUUGUGAUUACUCUGCAGAGUGGAUAGCGGUUAUGGAUGUAUCAGACCUGCUUCAUGAUUACCUUGCAAAUGGCAACUAUCAAGUGUUAGAGAUUCCUUCAACAGAAUUUUCUGAUAAGUUUGUGACAGAGCAGAGACGUGCCAAUAAUCCAGCAAACUCAGGUCAUAAGAUGGAGUUGAAGCGAAAGAGACUUCAUACAUCUGGAAUGAUGACUCCCUGCAACAAUAAGAGUUCAAAAACAUCGAGGGAGAAAUCAUGUCCCACAAACAGUAACGAUAAUGAAUCGGCAUCUGACAUGAAUGCUGAACAAGAACAGGGAUCUCCUCAGGCACAGGAAUUUCCACUUGUGAAUGUGAAUGAAGAUGAGUCAUUUCAGAAAAAUUCUAAAUCUCAUGGGAGAUCCACUGGGAAGAAAAUAAAAAAUCCCACACUCCCGCUAAUUAGUGCAGAUCAAUAUGCUUCUCGAAGUGCAAUGCUUUCUUCACUUGUUAUUGCCUGGUCACCGUUGUUGCAGUUUCCGUCUGAAAGUUGUUCACAAGUUCAAAACAGUGCAACUCGCUUUUCGCUGCUUGCAAUAGGAGGGAAAUCAGGCAAAGUUUCUUGCUGGAAAAUUCAUGCACAGGAAUGCUACUCCAUUGAACAUGGCAAUGUUUCUCCAGAUGCAGUGGUUGUUGGGAUCUUUCAGGCACACAGUUCAUGGGUCUCUGCAAUCAGUUGGGCACUACUUACGACUGAUUCUUUACAUCCCCAGGUUCUACUUUCUACCGGGAGCUCCAAUGGCAGUGUGAAGAUCUGGUUGGCACAUUCUUCUGAGCUUUUGAAGUCAUCAGAAGCCAAUUCUUCUCCUUUCGUCCUAUUGAAGGAGAUUAUAAAUCCUGAUAGCAUCCCAGUCUCAGUUCUUUCGCUUACAACACCUGUUAGAUCUCCACACAGGCAGCUCUUAGCAGUUGGAAAAGGGUCUGGAUCUUUUGAAGUGUGGGUACAUGAGCAACACAAUUGUAACUUCGAAAGGAUUGGAUCAUAUGAGGCACAUGACCAUGCCGUCACAGGUUUAGCUUGGGCUUUUGAUGGAUGUUGUUUGUACAGUUGCAGUGAGGAUAACUUUGUACGCAGCUGGAUGUUUCAAAGAAAUACCCUAUUUGAAGUACCUAUUCCUUCUGCUAUUCCCAGCCAGAGAGGCUUGAUUGAUGUUCCAAAUGUAUUUCAUUCAUGCUUUGGAGUAGCAGUGUCCCCUGGAAAUCUUGUCAUGGCUAUGGUUCGCAGUUUUGAUUCUUAUGUUCUGAAUCCAAUGUAUCAGGCAAGGUCUCAAAAAGCUGCUGUUGAGUUUCUCUGGAUGGUUGGGCAAAGAAGUGACAUUUCAUCCAGUGAGAAGUUGAAUUGUGAAGCCUUAUCUGGUGUCUCUAAGGAGGAACUAGCUUGGUGGAAGUCCAAUAUAUUAUGGUCAUUGCGACAAUACGAAUGUUUUGAGAAGCCUCUAGUUAUGUGGGAUAUCAUAGCAGCAUUAUUAGCUAUCAACCAAUUAGUGCCGCAUUUUGUGGAUGAUUUACUACUUGAGUGGCUCUCAAGUUCUUUUACGGAAUCGUGCUCAAAGCUUUCAAAGGAAAAAGUUUUGGCAGAUUUUUCCCGAAGACUCUCAAAGCUUACCUCUCGGCACUUGCAUCUUCUUAAUGUUAUAUGCAGACGUGUAAUAUUAUCAGAAGUAAAAGCUUAUGAUAUUAAUAGCAAUGAACAUGACCACGGGACAACGUGUGAAAAUCGAGAGGAGCAAAUGAUGUUAUGGAUGGACCUUCUUUUGACAAGUGAAAGAGAGCUCCGAGAACGACUUGUUGGUAUUAAUUUUGCCUGUUCCAGUCUAAUGUCUCAAGUUGAUGCAAAUAUGUCUCCAAGUGGAUACUGGUAUCCAUCCGGUUUAGCUCAAAUGGAGCAGUGGGUUGGGUGUGGUCAAGUGCGGGAUCAACUAAGGCUUCUAGUAUCUCAAGCCAAUUUGAAUGGGAAGAGCCUGGGCUCCCGUGACCAUGUAAGGGAAGAGAGAUGCCCCUAUUGCACGGCUUCAGUUCCUUUUGAAUAUGCAGAAGUUGCAUAUUGUCGAGGCGCAAAUUCCAAUGGCAAUGUGGGCCAGAGACACAAACUGGUCAGAUGCGCUGUGUCGAUGCAGAUUUGCCCAACGACUCCCCUGUGGUUCUGCAUCUGUUGUCACCGGCGGGCUUCGAAGCUGGCUCCGGAACCUCUCUUCACAAUGGUUGAGUAUCCCGAAAACUUCGCUUCUUUAGUUGGAUCUUCUCUAAGAGUAGCCUCAAAACCUUUGUGUCCCUUUUGUGGGAUUCUGCUGCAGAGACACCAGCCAGAAUUUCUACUUUCGACAGUGCCAGUUUAAAUUAGUUACCUUGCUAAUUAUGUUGUAAAACUGUGUGCUCGUCAAUAAUCAUAAUUCUAUGCUUACAAA